AUGACAUUCCUCCUGAUUUUAGUUUCUAGUUGCUUCUUUUGCCUUAGUAAAGCUAUAGAUUGUGGUGGAAAGAGUAUUUCAGAUACCAUAAUUGUUGAUCCACAUGGCAAAGAUGAAGCAUUUACAACAAUUCAAGAUGCCAUUAAUUCUGUGAAGAGCCAGAAUGAUCAAUGGAUCAAGAUUCACAUAAAAGCAGGGUCAUAUACAGAAAAGCCUCAAAUUCCCAGACAAAAACCAUGCAUCAUAUUAGAAGGAGAAGGUAGCCAAAAUACAAUCAUAAGUUUUUCAGACCACGGCGGAAUAAACAGUGGUGGAACAAGCGAUAGUGCUACAUUCACCUCAUACCCACCCAAUGUGAUUGUGACUGGUAUUACUUUCAAGAACCCAUUUGGUUAUUCACCAGCAGUGGCAGCAAGGAUAUAUGGAGACAAAUCUUUCUUCUAUAACUGUAGUUUCGUGGGUUAUCAAGACACUUUACUUAACGCAAAGGGACGUCAUUAUAUUAAAGAUUGUUACAUUGAAGGUGAAGUAGACUUUAUUUUUGGUGCUGCACAAUCUUAUUACGAGAACUGUUCGAUCAAUGCUGUGGCGAGAAAUCCAAAUAUACCCGGCUUUGUGACAGCUCAAGGACGAAACUCAUCAGAUGACCCAGGUGGUUUUGUGUUUGAAGGCGGUUCAAUUAAUGGAAAUGGCAAAGUGAAUUUAGGAAGAGCAUGGAGACCAUACUCCAGAGUCAUUUUUCAUAAAACCUAUUUUUCCUCCAUUAUAACUCCUCAAGGAUGGGAUGCUUGGAAUGCUGCUGGCAAUGAGAGCACGAUCACUUAUGUUGAAGUUGAUUGUGAAGGAGCAGGAGCUGAUACUUCAAAACGUGUUCCAUGGAUGAAGAAAUUAAAUUCUUCAGAGAUGGAACAAUUUUCUUUUGCAUCUUUUAUCAAUGAAGAUGGAUGGGUUGAUAACUUACCAACAAUCUCUUAG